AUGCCGAACGAAAUCAAAGACAUCACCACCCGCGACGAAUCGUCCUUCCCAUACAUCUACGAGCAAAAUGUCUCCAUUUCUCUGAAAGACGAGUCGGGCAUUGUCCGUGUCAAUGUCUACCGCCCCAAGGGUUCAGAAAAGGUCCCGGUCUUGGUAACAUACGGACCUUAUGGAAAGGAUAUUCCUUACAAGGACUUCCACCCUCAGAGCUACAGCGAGGUCAACCCCGAGCAACGCUCUGAGCAUUCAUCCUGGGAAACACCGGACCCAAAGUACUGGACCAGCCAGGGCUAUGCAGUCGUCCGUGCCGAUGAACGCGGUACCGGGCAGUCGAUGGGCAAGCUCGACACCAUGUCCCGAGGCACAAGCGAAGCCUUCUUCGACGUGGUCGAAUGGGCCGCUGAGCAGCCCUGGUCUUCUGGAAAGGUCGGUCUUCUGGGAAUCAGUUACUACGCCGGUAGUCAAUGGCGUGUUGCAGCUCGUCAACCAAAGGGUCUCUCUUGCAUCAUUCCUUGGGAAGGCAUGUCAGACUAUUACCGCGAUCGAUGCCGCCACGGCGGAAUCCUGGCCAACUCCUUCAUCAAGUUCUGGUGGGAUCGCCAGGUCGUGAGCAACCAGUACGGUCUCCCCGGCCGAGCAGCGCGAAACUGGGGCCCUGAUACAAUCGAAGGCGACCUCUCCGAGGAAGAGCUCAUUGCAAAUCGCCAAGACCAGACAAUCGACAACGCAGAGAACAAGUUCCGCGACGAUCUAUACUACGCAUCCAAGGAAUAUAGCAUGUCCGACAUCAAAGUACCCCUCCUAUCAGUCGCGAACUGGGGCGGCAUCCUCCUCCACCUCCGCGGCAACGUCGAGGGCUGGACCCAAGCAGGCUCCGAGCUAAAAUACCUCCGCUUCAUCGCCGGCCGCCACGACCUACCCUUCUACUACUCCGAAGAAGUCGAGAUCCAGCGCAGUUUCCUGGACGCCUUCCUCAAGAACGACGACCGCGCCGGCUGGUCAACAGGCAAAGCGCCAAAAGUCGACAUACUCCUCCGUAAAGGCGACGUAGGCUUCAACAACGCCGUCGCAGAGAAGACAUUCCCGCGCCGCAUCGAGCACGAGUGGCCCAUUGCUCGAACCCAGUAUACGAAGUUUCACCUCACUUCGUCCCGCGAGCUGAGCACGCACGCCCCGGCCGAGAAAAAGAGCACCAAGAUCUCAUACGCGGCGCUGGGCACGAUCGAGAAUCCCUCCGUCGUCCAGUUCACAACUGCCCCCUUUGAAAAGGAAACUGAAAUCACGGGCCACAUCGUUACACACCUGAAUGUAUCUAUGAGUCCGAAUGCUGGCUCCGCCACGCCCCAGGAUCUAGAUCUCUUCGUUACGCUGCGUCACAUCUCGCCGGCUGGUAAGGAGGUCUUUUACACGGGUACGGCCGGUGAUCCUGUUCCUCUUUGCAAGGGCUGGUUGCGUGUUAGUAUGCGAAAGGUGAAUGAGAAGCACGCGCGUAACCGGGAAUACCUCCCGCAUCGCGAUUACUGUUCUACGGACGUGUUGCCUGUUCUGCCCGGUGAGGUUUAUCCCGUUGAUGUGGAGGUCUGGCCUACGAAUGUUGUUGUUGAGGAGGGUGGGAAGAUUGUUCUGGAGGUUUCGUCGGGUGAUACGCAGGGGUCUGGGAUCUUUUUGCAUAAUUCGCCGGUUGAUCGGUCUGUGGAGAGAUUUGCGGGCCAGAAUCAUAUUCAUUUUGGACUGGGGGAGAAUUAUGUUACUCUGCCUAUUAUUCCUUAG